AUGGCAACCAAAGUUUCUGAUGUCAAAAAGAAGAAGUCGUGAGUUCGAAUGGGAAAAAGAUGCAGAGUUCGGGAUAUUUUUGAGGCUGCCGAACGACAGAAGUCUGAAAAAAAAUUCCCAGAAAAAGCAUCGCAGAAAAUACGGGGCUAAUCAAAAUCACUCAAAAGAAGGUACAGAAGAGGUUGGUUUCUGGAAAACUCUUGAAAAAAAUGAACGUUUUGUCGUCAGAACCAAGGAGAUGUCGGUAUUAAGGGAAGCAAGGUACGGCUGGAAGGGAAUGAUUCGAAAAGUCACUGGAAGAAAUUUAGGAAACAUUUUCGCUGAAGACUGUGAUGGAUUUGAAAAGAGAGACGGAUUCAGUUGCAGAAAAAGCCUAUUCAUUUAUCAACUGGGCCUAUAAUACAAGUGAGGACAAGGAAGGGUCAUCUUACCCUGAAAGUUGGUCAGAAUACUCCUCGAUGUACCAGAUGUAGACCUGCACAAAUUUAUAGUUCUUGAGAAAGGACACCUCAAAGUCGAAAAAACCUCAAAAAGUUGAAACAGGCUAUUUUGGAACCUUGAGCCCAUUUCUCGAAAACUAGGAAGUUUUGCAGAUUGAAAUUUUCAGAAUUUUCUUCUGACACAUCAAGGAGUGUUCUAACGAGAUUUCAGGAAAUUCCCAAACGCAAAGUAAAAUAAUCUUCCUUGUGAGAGACAUCCGGAGAAACCACAAAAAGGAUGAAAAAUUUUCCUAUUAUUCAGACGCCGGCAGCGGUGGUCUGACCAAGUUCCACGGCAAUAACAUAGCGACUUAUACACCUCCGGCGGAUCAGAAGACUGAAGCUUUCAAUUCGGAAGUCAAUAAAUACAAGAACCGAAGCCCUGUAGAUUAUGUUAUUUGUUCGAUCACAGUAUCAAUAUUCCCAGGAAAUUGUGUGCCUCGACCAAAGCCGCGUCCUGUUACCUGUUGAUGAUAAAAAUUCUUCGGACUAUAUCCACGCUAAUCAUAUUACUUUUGAAAACUUUGACCGUCCUUAUAUCGCCACUCAAGUCUGUGUUGGCUACUCUUUGAACGGAAUCCUCAUUUUGAACUCAGCUCCCUCUUGAAGAAACUCGCGUUGACUUUUGGCGGAUGGUGGUCUCCCAAGAAGUCGACACUAUCAUCGCUCUUUUCGAUCCUUCGGCAGUUUGUGAAUCGAAACUCUUUUUUUCUUCAUGACGCUCUGUUGAGGAUACAAAAUCGAAACCAAUAACGCCAGCCACGGCAACAACGCCCCCAACGCCGAACACGCCGACGAGUUUCUCGACGACGCCGCCGAAGAAAACGUCGAAUAGGCGCACUUUUCUGAGGAUUUUCCGUCGGAAGAAACAGAAAGAGCAGAAGGAAAAAGACAAGGAUGGAUCGCCAGAUGAGUCCGUGAUGAGCAGGUUGUCAUUCGAUUCGGUGGGUCGAUCUCGUCUUUUUGGAUGUUUCCGUUCAGGCGGAAGCCACUUCCUACUGGCCUCUGAGCGUCAACCGUUAUCUGACCUGCGGACCAUACUUCAUCAACACUAGGAAAGUGGAGUUGCCUGGCAAGAAAUUCUGGGCGCCUACGAUAUAUUCUAUAGAAGUGAGUUUUAUCCGAGAUAAACAUAAUAUUUUAAAAAAACAAUGUCCUUUUUUUACACAAUAAGAUCAGUCUGCUUCUCAUGACACAUUAAAAGUUCUACUUUUUUCGGAAUAACUAUCAAACUUAAAAAAAUUCAGGGUUAUUUUUUUAUUUAAAAAUUUUUUUAUUUAUUUCUUUCACCUUGUGGUAGUUAUAUUUUUUUAUUCUCGGACCUCGGUAACGAAGAUCGGACGUUUCUGAGCAAUUGUAGGGGUUGCUUAAGAGUGCUGACGCUACUAAAGUGGUCACUAAAAAUGUUCCGGCGCAUACGGUCCGCGAAAACAAACUCCGAGAUCAAACUAAAAGCGCCCUUGUCGGGCUUCAAAUUAUCCAUGGAGCAAUUAAUGUUGUAUUUAUGUUUGGCUAUUUCUUCUGAACCGAUUUUUCAGAUUGUGGAGGAGAACUGUGCAAACGCGACGUUCGUAAAAAUAUUGAAUUAUGCAAACUGGACGUCGCAAAAGAAGCCGUGCUCCCCGCGAAUCGUCAUCAGCCUCAUCCAGCACAUCCGCAUGGUUGCUCUACCGAUCCUUGCGUGAAACUCAGAUUUUCAGAUAGAUCCGCUGCAAAAGGGAAAAGUCGUCGUCCAUUGCGACAACGGCGUCAACCGCACAUCGGCCCUCAUUUUCUGUGACGUCAUUCUCCAGCGAAUUUACAACGACUUGGAUUUCGAUGUACACAGAGAAAUGGCCGAAUUGCGAACAAAGUUUUCUGGAUACAGGUCGUCGAAUUGUGCCGAGAACUGCGGAAUCAGAGGGCGUCCAGUUUUCAAGAUCCUUUUUAUUUCGUUUAUUCGAUCUAUGCCGUCGCUACUUAUAUUAUGGUGAGGUCGGAUUGAGCCGGCUUAAAACAUGUGGACGAUAUCAUACCAGUUAGUAACAUCCGGAAACUUUGAUUAGUUUUGGCGGGAGAUAGGAGUUCAAAAAGAGACAAACGAUUUUUGAAAUUUUUCUUCUCGAAAACCUUCUUCAUGCGGCCACUAAGUUUCAAACCGUUCCAAAAAGUUUCUCUCACAAAAAAUUUCAAAACGGCCGAUUUUUCCAGAAACGAGGUGGAACAAGAGCGAAUCCCAAGUUUGACACAAUCUACACACAAUUUUCCCUACUUCGAGAACAAAUUAGAAGAGUUGGUUCAAGGAACGGAAGAAACCUCCGAAUAAGAUGAAUUCCAGGAAUUCGGAAUCGAGCAAAAAGAUAGCAGAGAAAGAACGUCUGGAUGA